GAAGUUACAAACUCGUCUCCGCGUCUCCCGUCCUCUCCCUCACACCGCCCCCCACCUUCGAAUCGCCCUACAAACUCGCAAUGCGGGAACGAGAAAUCCCAAAAUGGAGAGGGAAAUUUCUCCUCAGGCGCCUCCCACCCCCACACGUCUCCUCCCCCGGGGACCAAACGAAGAGAAAAAACCGGGCGAUCCAGGGGGAGCGGGCGCCGAGGCUGAGGCUGAGGCUGAAGCGGCGGCGAUGGGGACGUACAAGUGCUGCAUCUUCUUCACGCGCAGGUUCGCGCUGCCCGACGCGACCACGCCGGAGGAUGUGCGCACGCUCUUCUCCCGCUUCUCCGGCGGCACGCCCUACAUGGGCGUCGACGAGCUCCGCCGCUACCUUGCCGCCACCGGGGAGCUCGACGGCGACGGCGGAAUGGAAGCGGCGGAGAGGAUCGUGGACCGGGUCCUCCAGGGCCGCAGCCGCACCCCGCGUUUUGGAAAGCCCGCCCUCACCGUCGACGACUUCCACAACUUCCUCUUCUCCGAGGACCUCAACCCGCCCAUCCGUCAGUCAAAGGUCCAUCAUGACAUGAAUGCACCUUUGUCCCACUACUUCAUAUACACCGGGCACAACUCAUAUCUUACCGGCAAUCAACUUAGCAGUGACUGUAGUGAUGUUCCCAUAAUCAAGGCACUGCAAAUAGGUGUUCGUGUAAUUGAAUUAGACAUGUGGCCAAAUUCUUCUAAAGAUGACAUAGAUAUUCUCCAUGGAAGGACACUUACUGCCCCGGUGUCACUUUUGAAAUGUUUGACAUCCAUCAAAGAAUAUGCCUUUGUUGCAUCUCCCUAUCCUGUUAUUAUAACAUUAGAGGACCACCUUACAUCUGAUCUUCAGGCAAAAGUAGCUAAGAUGGUCCUUGAAGUAUUUGGAGAUAUCCUUUACUAUCCUGAAUCAAAACAUCUUCAAGAAUUUCCUUCACCGGAAGCACUAAAGGGGCGUGUAAUCCUCUCAACGAAGCCCCCAAAGGAGUACCUUGAAGCAAAGGGUGGUACUAUGAAAGAUAGAGACAUUGAGCCAAAGUUUAGCAAAGGAGAAAAUGAAGAAUCAGCAUGGGGUAUAGAAGUCCCCGAUAUUCAGGAUGAGUUGCAAGAUGCCAACAAGGACGAUGUGUCAUAUCAUGAAAGAGGUGUGGAUGAAGAUGAUGAACAGAAAGUGCGCAAGAGUGCGCCGCCGGAGUAUAAACACCUUAUUACUAUUAAAGCAGGAAAGCCGAAGGGUUCUCUUGUUGAUGCCUUGAAGAGUGACCCGGAAAAAGUUCGGCGCCUCAGUUUGAGCGAGCAAGAACUUGCAAAAGUGGCGUCACGUCAUGGUCCCAAAAUAGUGAGCUUUACACAAAGAAAUCUACUGAGAAUAUACCCAAAGGGGACCCGCUUCAAUUCAUCCAAUUACAACCCAUUUCUUGGCUGGGUGCAUGGUGCUCAAAUGGUGGCGUUCAAUAUGCAGGGAUAUGGCAGAGCCCUUUGGUUGAUGAAUGGAUUUUACAAAGCCAAUGGAGGCUGUGGCUAUGUGAAAAAACCAGAUUUCUUAAUGCAAACUUGUCCGGAUGGAAAGGUUUUCGAUCCGACAGCAGACCUACCUGUGAAGAAAACCCUGAAGGUCAAAGUGUACAUGGGCGAUGGUUGGCAGCAGGAUUUUAAACAGACACAUUUCGACUCAUAUUCCCCUCCAGAUUUUUAUGCAAAGGUGGGCAUAGCCGGAGUUCCGUCGGACUCGGUGAUGAGGAAGACGAGAGUUGUGGAGGAUAGCUGGGUCCCGGUGUGGGAAGAUGGGUUCACCUUUCCCCUGACGGUGCCGGAGAUCGCUCUGCUCCGUGUGGAGGUGCACGAGUAUGACGUGAACGAGGACGACUUCGGCGGGCAGACCGUCCUGCCUGUGUCGGAGCUGUGGCCGGGGAUCCGCACCGUACCGCUCUUCGACCACAAGGGGAUGAAGUUCAAGAGCGUGAAACUUCUCAUGAGCUUUGAGUUUGUCUAGUCACAUCUUGGCCGGCAGACUAGGAGUGCGUGUGUUGCAUUGCACAUGUGUUGUAGUAUAUCAUGCGUGUCAUAUCUGAUAGCUAGCUACGGAGUAGAUUAGAUUGAUUUGUCGCAGAUGUAAGAACUUUUGACGGCUGGUGGAACCGCGAAAAACUUUCGAGUUGCUUCC